UACUCAUUCACUUGGGGCUAUAAUUCGUAUUUGUUCACUGGCUUGUGAAAGCAGAGGAAGAAAGGGCGUCUGCUAGGUCUGAGCAGUGCCUGAGAAUGAAUUCCAGACUGCAGAAGAUAGAAUUAAACGAUGGCCACUCCAUUCCUAUACUGGGCUUUGGCACCUAUGCAACUGAAGAGCGUCUCAGGAAAAAGUCUAUGGAUUCCACCAAAACAGCUAUAGAUGUUGGGUUCCGCCAUAUUGAUUGUUCUCACUUGUACCAGAAUGAAGAAGAGAUAGGCCAGGCCAUCCUAAGCAAGAUUGAAGAUGGCACUGUGAAAAGGGAAGAUAUAUUCUAUACUUCGAAGCUUUGGUCAACCUCCCAUCGUCCAGAAUUGGUCAGACCCAGCUUGGAAAAUUCACUGAGGAAACUUAAUUUGGACUAUGUAGACCUCUAUCUCAUUCAUUUCCCAGUAUCUCUGAAGCCAGGGGAUGAGCUUUUACCUCAAGAUGAGCAUGGAAACUUACUACUUGACACAGUGGAUCUCUGUGACACAUGGGAGGCCAUGGAGAAGUGUAAGGAUGCAGGAUUAGCCAAGUCCAUUGGGGUGUCUAACUUUAACCGCAGACAGCUGGAAAUGAUCCUGAACAAGCCAGGACUCAAGUACAAGCCUGUGUGCAACCAGGUAGAAUGCCAUCUUUACCUCAACCAAAGCAAGCUGCUGGCUUACUGCAAGAUGAAUGACAUCGUUUUGGUUGCCUAUGGUGCCCUGGGAACUCAGAGAUACGAAGCCUGUACUAAUGAGGAUACCCCAUUUCUCUUGGAUGAUCCGGUUCUUUGUGACAUGGCAAAGAAGUACAAGCGGGCUCCAGCCCUGAUUGCCCUUCGCUACCAGCUGGAGCGUGGGAUUGUGGUCCUAGCCAAGAGUUUCAAUGAGGAGAGAAUCAGAGAGAACAUACAGGUCUUUGAUUUCCAAUUGGCUUCAGAUGACAUGAAAAUUUUAGAUGGCCUAGACAGAAAUCUUCGGUAUUUUCCUGCUCAUAUGUUUAAGGCUGGCCCUAACUUUCCAUUCUCUGAUGAAUAUUAAGAUGGAGGCCCUUGCCAUGAGUUCUGUUAGAAGCUCUUUUGUGUGAUGCUGGACUCUCAGAUGCCAAUAACGCGACACAUUGUCACCAAUCCAUAUUGCUUAAAAACUCACCCCCAGUUCCCCAGUUUGAGCUGUCUGUACAUCGGAAAGCAAAUUCAGUUUUGCUUCUUUUCUGUAAAUAAAUUAAAAAUAUUUUGCUUCAGCCUCACCUA